AUACUCCAACUACUAAAUGCAAAUAAAUUAAUUUUGUUCAUCUACACAAGUGUAUGCAGUCGAAAUUAUUGCUAGUUUCUUUAUUUUGGUAUGAAUACAAGAGAAUUGUAAACUCAUUAAUAUUGAAAUAAAAAUUGUAAGACAAUAAUUUUUUUAGUAAUAAAAAAUCGAUUCAUAAACUUUUUGAAAAUGAAAUUCUUAAUAAUACUAAAUAUUCAAGUGUACUUUUGUAUAUUUAUCACUUUUUUGAAUACUGAAGGAACACCUAAUAAAACAGAACACGUCGAUAUAAUAGAGAAGUUAUUACAUCAACCCGGAUGGAAAAAUAUAAAAGAUGUCGAAUAUAUUAUUUACAGACGCAAUGUGUAUACAUUGAACGAUGUGAUUAAUAAACCUGUAACAUCAAAUAACUGUGCCAAUAUUAUACGUAAUGCUACAAUAUUCCUUGGAUGUUCUUACGCUAAUGAUUUACAUACAAUAUUUUAUACAUUAUACAAUUUUCAAGGAUAUUGUUUCAUGCUACUUAAUUCUGGUAAAAUUAGUGCACAAAACUGUACAGUCAAAAUUUUAGAAAAAAUGAUGGAAUUAGUUACGCUGGCAAAAUAUAUGAGUGGAGCAUUAAAUGCUAUAAAAAAAUAUCCCAAAAACCCUUUUAAGACCCUAAAAUAUACUCGGUUUCCUUUAAGUAAAGUUCUUACAAAUUUACAGAAAAAUGAUUCAUUAAAGAAAUUGAUUCCUUUGGAAAACAAUAAGGAGUCAAUUAUAAAUGCGUUAUUAACUAUCACGAAUAUUUUACUAAUUAACUGUUUAGAACUCAAAAAAGAUGUAUCAUUGUGUAAAAUAAAACAAAUAGAUUUGAGUUCUAUGUGGAAUUUUCGGAUAAACGAGUUUUUAACAUUAAACAGUCAAAUAAAAGACGAAAAACUUAUCAUUUUUCUAAGUGAUAAAAUGAGCAAUUUAUUCCAAAGGAUACUCUGGAAUAAAUAUGUUACACUUGGAUUUCACUUUGAUUCGAACACAUGUGAAACAUUUUUAACUGCCCUAUCUCCAACGAAUGACAAGCAAGAUAUCACAGAUAAUUUUUCUAAAAACGUGAUACAACACACCAAUGUAGAAGAUUUGAUGGAAAAUUUACAACAAGAAUAUAUCGCAGAAAAUUCUUCUAAAAUAUUUGUACAAAAUAACAAUGAUAUUGAUGUAUUUGAAGAGAUGCUGCAAGAAUAUAUCGCAGAAAAUUCUUCUAAAAAUUUGAUACAACACACCAAUGAAGAAGAUUUGAUGGAAAAUUUACAACAAGAAUAUAUCGCACAAAAUUCUUCUAAAAAUUUGAUACAACACACCAAUGAAGAAGAUUUGAUGGAAAAUUUACAACAAGAAUAUAUUGCACAAAAUCCUUCAAUAAAUUUAAUAAGAAAUAACAAUGAUAUAGAUGAGCUUGAACAGAUGCUGCAAGAAUAUAUCGCAGAAAAUUCUUCUAAAAAUUUGAUACAACACACCAAUGAAGAAGAUUUGAUGGAAAAUUUACAACAAGAAUAUAUCGCACAAAAUUCUUCUAGAAAUUUGAUACAACACACCAAGAAAGAAGAUUUGAUGGAAAAUUUACAACAAGAAUAUAUCGCACAAAAUUCUUCUAGAAAUUUGAUACAACACACCAAGAAAGAAGAUUUGAUGGAAAAUUUACAACAAGAAUAUAUUGUAGAAAAUUCUCCUAAAAAUUUGAUACAACUUACCAAUGAAGAAGAUUUGAUGGAAAACGUGCAACAAGAAUAUAUUGCACAAAAUUCUUCUAAGAAUUUGGUACGUAAUAAGAAUGAUAUAGAUGUUUUUGAAGAGAUGCUGUAAGAAUGUAAAAAUUGUAUUAUCUGCUACUGAUUAUUUAUUAUUAGUUUAAAUAAAUUUUUAGUGAAGCUAACAAACAAAUUCAUUUUAUUAUUUUGA